CUUUAGCGCGCGCUGAUUUGCAAUCUGCAAGACAGAAGGGACUUGCUGUCAGCUCGCAGUUACAGCUGCAAUUAAAAAAAGAAAAGAAAUUAAAUUGCAUUGUGAAUUUUUGGGUAGGUUUUUUUUUUGCUCGACUGCCAGCUGCGAAGAGAAAGGAGCGCUUUCUUCCCCCCUCCUGCUCUUUCUGCAGUGUGCAGAUCGAAAGAAAUCUCCGAUGGAAGAAGAGGAGCCCGAGCUGUACGGCAUUGAAGAUGAGUUCGACGAGCAGUUUGCAGACGAGCUGGAAGUCCUGGCUGAGAUGGAAGGGAAACGACGGUCAUCCCCCUCCUAUAAAGUCUCUGAAUUCCGAAACCAAAAGAAAAGGACGUUUGAAGAGGCUCUCACAGCCGGGGAUCUAGCUCCGGUCUGCCAGCCGUGCCGGGAAAAGGAAUCAGACAGCCAAGACCUCCCUGAGGAACCAGAAGGUCUCCCCACAUUCAGUGGGGCCGAGGACAGCUCUGGGGAUCUGCUGCUCCAAGUGACAGAGGCGGCUCAGACUCCCAGGCCAAAGCGGCGGCGGCUUGAAGCCGUGAAGAAGCUGAACUUUGGAGCAGAAGAGGGGACAGCCCUUGAAGACUUACCCAAGGAUGGAAUUGUCUUGCCGCUUUCACCAGGAGACUGUUCUAAACUCCAGGAAGCAAGGACUCCGAGGCGUAAGAUCCUGGACGGCCUGGGCGUGAGCGAUGUGCAGCCACUGCCGAUGACGCCACGAGAGGCGAGCAGAAAGGUGCUGAAGCGCCCGCCCGUCCUGGAGGACUAUGUCAACGUGACCUCGACUGACGGCACCCGGGUCUUCAUGGCCCUGAGGGAGGAUUGCUCCAGGACAGGAACGCAGCGCUGUGAUUCUCUGGGGUGGAGCGGACCACGCCCUCUUCAUUUACUGGGGGUUCCUUUCUCCUACCUGAAGGAGCAGGUGGAUGAAGAGCGCCGGAGACAGAUUCGUGAAUCUUCACGACGGCUGACAGAGAUUCUGGACAGCUGUCUUGAAGAUGAGACAACCGAAACGGAGGCCGCGGGGCCCAGGGAAGAAGGCGGUGGUGACGCCGCGCAGGAAGGGGACGAUUCAUCCGCAGGGUCCCUGUGGGUUGACCUCUUCACUCCCAAGCACUAUGUGGAGUUGCUGAGUGAUGAUUACACCAACCGCUGCCUCCUGAAGUGGCUGAAGCUGUGGGACGUGGUGGUCUUUGGGAAGGACAAGCCCACCAGGAAGGCCAAGCCGAGCACAGAGCCCCACCCACCCGCCAAGCACCCCAAGCAGCGGCAAGGGCCGUGGAAGAGCAAAGCCCAGCUGACGGAGGAAGUCCUAGAGGCGGAAUUGGACCAGCACAACCGGCCCAAAUUGAAGGUUGCCCUACUGUGUGGCCCCCCCGGAUUGGGCAAGACCACGCUGGCACACAUCAUCGCCAAGCAUGCUGGGUACAACGUGGUGGAGAUGAACGCCAGCGACGACCGUAGCCCGGACGCCUUCAAAACACGGAUAGAAGCUGCCACCCAAAUGAAGUCUGUGCUGGGAGCCAACGAAAGACCGAACUGCCUCAUCAUUGAUGAGAUUGACGGGGCUCCGACGGUGUCCAUCACUGUGCUCCUGAACCUCGUCAACUGGAAGGGCGCAGAGGCAGAAGCCGAAGGCGGCGCAAGCGGGCGGAAGAGGCGGCGGGAGGGCGGGCUCCUUUUGCGGCCCAUCAUCUGUAUCUGCAACGACCAGUAUGUCCCUUCUCUGCGUCAGCUCCGGCAGCAGUCUUUCCUUCUUCACUUCCCCUCAACCGCCCCCUCCAGGCUGGUGCAGAGGCUGCAGGAGAUCGCCGUCCGGCAGGGCAUGAAAGCGGACACGGGGGCGCUGAUGGCGUUGUGCGAGAAGACGGAGAAUGACAUCCGCUCCUGCGUCAACACCCUGCAGUUUCUGCACGGUCGAGGACAGAAGGAACUGAACAUGCGGACGGUGCAAGCCACGAAGGUUGGCCUGAAGGACCAGAACAAAGGGCUGUUCUCCAUCUGGCAGGAAAUCUUCCAGCUCCCGAAAGUUCAAAGGCACCGGAUAUCGAUGGACCCUUCGAAUCGGGUCCCCUUUCUCAUGAAUGGUGGGGAUGACCUGUUCGGGCCGGCCACGGUCCAAACUUCCCUGAACGCUGCUGCCCAGAGAUUCCACCGCAUCCUGCAUCUCAGCACGUCCUCCGGAGAACACGAGAAGCUCACCCAGGGCUUGUACGACAACUUCCUGAACAUGAAGGUGAAGGAUUCCAGCUUCGGCUCCGUCUGCCUGGCUUUGGAGUGGCUGGGCUUCUCUGACGUGCUGCAUAGAGUCGUGAUGCACGGACAGAACUUCCAGCUCAUGAGAUACCUGCCCUUCCUCCCCGUCGCCUUCCACGUCCUCUUUGCUGCGUCCAACAUCCCCAGGCUGGCGUAUCCCAACAGCCAGAACGAGGCUCUGGCUAAAUUGACCCAGGUGCAGAACCUCCUGGCUUCCAUGAUCUCAGGGAUUGCGCCGAACUCCCGCAGCCGGGUGGGGUCUCAGUCUCUCGUGCUGGAAGCCCUUUGCCUCCUCUUGGACAUCAUCUCUCCGAAACUGAGACCGGUGAACACCCAGUUGUACAGCCAGAAGGAGAAGCAGCAGUUGUCCGAGCUCAUCAGCACCAUGCUGGCAUACAAUCUCACCUACCUCCAGGAGCGGACGCCCGAUGGACAGUAUAUCUACAAACUGGACCCAAACGUGGAAGAAAUCUGCCGGUUCCCAGAGCUCCCUGCUCGGAGGCCAUUGACUUACCAGGCCAAGCAGCUGAUUGCAAGAGAAAUCGAGCUGGAGAAGAUGAGGCGGACGGAAGCUGCCCUGCGGACACGCAACUCCAACCAGGAGCCGGCAGUGAGUCAGCCAGCCAAGGAAGGAGGCCAGAAGCCCUGUACCAAGACCGAGUCUCAGGUGCGAAACCAUGAGCAGCGGCUGGACGCGAUUGUGAAGAGAGCCACGUUUGAGGAGAAGCCAGAAACCGAUUUCUUUGGCCGUGUAGUUGUCAAGAAGACAGUGUCUGCUUCGACAGGAGCCAACAAGGGGCCUGAAAAAAACACAACUGACAAACGAGUUGGAAGAGCUGUUGGACAGAGCGACGUCUGGUUCCGGUUUAAUGAAGGCGUCUCCAACGCUGUCCGGAGAAAUAUUUACAUUAAGGAUUUGCUGUAGCGGUAGAACACUCCGAUUUGUAUAUACAGCUCUUCCCUCUUCAAGAAAACCCAGGUGUUUUGGCAUUGUGGCAAGAAAAACGGACAAUCACCUCACUCUUUUGUAUCUCAUUUUUUGUGUGUGUGUAAAAAUGAUGAAUUGGAAACACA